ACUCAAUCUUCAACUUUUCAUCAUCUUGCCUCUUUUUCGCAUCCACACAUUUCGCGAUUUUAUGUAAACCUUACUUUGAUUUACCGUCUCCGAUGAUUUGUGCACGAUUUCGAAAUACAUAAUGGAAAUGGCGUCGGGUUCAAAAUGGCAUCCUCUGCCGGCAUUUCCCGACCUUCCGGCUCUCAUGAUCUCACCACGUUUCGGUACUUCGUCGUACACAUUUCAUGUCACCGAUCUUGCCAACGUGUGGGUUGAGGCUCUUGAUCGGAAGGGUAUCCUAUUACGAAGUUUACAAGAGAACACAAGUAUUGACUUGAGCGACGGCGAUCCCAAUCAAUGGAUCGUCUUCCUCUCCAAGCUUAACGCGGCCUUCGAUCCCGCGUCACCGGACCACCCCACAACUAGCCUUAGUAUAUCCGCUUCGUCGGCAGAUAGGACAGUGGAAGGCGGUCUGGUCCUUCACGUCACAUGCGUGUUACCCGAGCCCCUCAAGCCGCUCAAGUGGCCCAUCUAUUUGACAAAAUGCCCACCGGUUGGACUAGCCUCAGAACUCGUCCUACCUCUCAUCCAAGCACAUCAUCUACGUACGUUGGAGAUAGAAGACCUUGUAACGAGGCUCAAAGAAAAGGAUGCUGUGAUCACGAAGCUCGUCGACAAGCUGGAGGCCAAUCAGACUGGAUUGGAAUACGUAUUCAGCUCGUUGUCCGGGAAGCGCAAGCUCUCCCGAACCCGGGCUGAGCAACAUGUUAAAGGUCUUGCUGCCUUUAACGAAGACGAAUGGAGGACAGGAGCUACUAGUAACCAACAGUUUCCUCCGGACGUAUCGUCCCUGAUGCAUAAAUUCUUCGCCGAAACGGGGUUACAGUGUAACAUGAACCCAGAGGUCGCCCCCUCUGCCCAACUUAAUGACUGGUGGACCAAGCUUAGCUCCCAUCCAACUGCCGCCAUCAUACCCCAGAAAGAGACGCCAGAGAAGCCGCAGGAUACGCCUCCGUCGGAUAGUAACACAACCAAGGAUGGAGAUGACGACUUUCAGGUACAGGCCAUUCCGUCCGACUUGCAAUCUCGUAGGCGGAGAUAUGCCGGUGCAGGGGCCGCCGAUGAAAACACGGAUGACGACGAAGACGGGCCGGUAAAGGUUUCUGGAAGCCCUCCGGCUCCGGCUCAGCAGAAACCUCGUUCCCGAAUCGGCGCCGUUGGGGGCAAGAAUAAGGCUAGUCGAGACAUUUCUGCAAGUCAAUCUUCCCAAACUGUACCUGCAGAUGAUGAGGAUACACCAUCGGAAUCUGAAACAGAGCCAGCAAAGCGAGAACCCCAAAACAGAACAAACAAUCGAAUAGGGACUAUUGGCAAAUCUAAGGAAUCCUCGCCGCCAGCAAACGCUUCAUCUCCAAUACCCUUACCAAGCAAGGAUGAUGACGAAACAGCAUCUGGAUCUGACUCUGAGGGCCAUAAUGAAGGACCAUCUGAUGCUCAGACCCGCUCGUCGCCACCACAUACUGCCAAUCAACCAAAGAGGGCUGGGCUAGGGAGGAUAGGCGGCAAAUCUAAAGCUAGAGCUACGCCAGAGCCACGUGAAGAACUGAAAGUGGCAAGUCCCAAGGUGGGAAGCCCCCUGACUACGACAAGUCCGGCGAAGCCCGUGGCACGAAAGAUUGGGGCUAUCGGCAAGAAGCCGGAUAUCGAUGGAAAACGACCACGAUCUGAAUCGCCCUUGGUGGCGGCAGAGCCCGAAACAGAAGAGCAGAGGACCGAGCGCAGGCGGGCCGAGCUAGCCAAGGAACUCGAACGCAAGGCGGCUGCCCCGACGAAGAAAAAGAGAAGGUUCUAAUGCAUCGUCUAGCAUCUGAGUUAUUAUCGUUCGAAGUAGAUACCCUUGAUUUCAUUGCGAUCAAGAUUGAAUUAUAUCCCGUACAUUCCUGCUUCAUUCUAAUCUGGCUUCCUGGAUAACCAUUUCGGGCUGCUCUAUGGUCUAUUCAACUAGCGUGAAACUACACCCUUAGGAAUCGUGAUGAAGUUUGCCUACAACUCGGCCUCGCCUACUACCAAAACCAUGGCAGGUCUGCAAUGAAUCCUUACUAGUCGAAGAAUU